CUGGAGUGGAAGCGACAGGCGCGCUCAUCUCGGUGGGACUGAACGCAUCGAAGACCGGAGACGGGGGAGAAGAUCACCCGGUAAAGCGUCCGUCAGGAGCCUCAGACCGCGGGGAACGAUGCUCAGGACGAGUCUGUCCGCGGGCAGCAGGACUUAAAAAGCUGCGGUCCAUCCAUCAGGACACUUUUUACUCUCGCCCCUUCCCCUCUGAUCAGGAAGAUAAGAAUCCAGGCAGUCAACCUCCAGCUCACAGUCCUCUUUGGGCACCUAACCCCAGUUUGACAGCCAGUCUAGUUCAAUCCCAACACGAUGUGGAAGACCGGGAUCCUCCUGGUGAUGUGGGUGUCUCUGGCGUCCGGAGAACUCCAACAAGAGACGGAGCAGCGGAGACUGCCACCCCCGGGAAAGUUGGAUUUCGGUUAUGUGCCUGCGGGAGUUUACGAGACUCUGGCUCACUACGAACCGGGACCGAUAGGGAUCCUGUUCCACAUGGUGCACGCGUUUCUGUAUGUCGUGCAGCCCAACGCUUUCCCGCAAGAACUUAUUGUCAAAUUGGCGAAGGACAAGUUUGGAGCCAUUCAGACGGAAUACCAAAAGCCAGAGAACAUAGUGCUGACCCUUCAGGCCAUCUACUACGAGAUAGGCUUCCUGGUUUGUGCAGCAGUCGGCCUGCUUUUCACCAUUCUGGUGCCGAUAGUCGGCCUCUUCUUCUGCAUGUGCCGCUGCUGUGACAACUGCGGCGGCGAGAUGCACCAACGCCAGAGGAAGAACGCGGACUGCCGACGAGGCCUGUUGGGAACGCUGCUCUUCUCCACCUCACUGGUCAUCACGAUCGGAGUGCUGUGUGCAUACGCUGCCAACCAGAACCUGAGCUCACAGGUGAAGAACAUACGGAGACUGGUCAACAGCAACAUGAGGGACCUGCACACCUUCGCUAAUGACACGCCGAUGCAAAUUGAUUACCUAAUAUCCCAAUACGCCACCGCCAAGAACAAAGUCAUCUAUGACCUAGAUAAUAUAGGUCCAUUAUUGGGUGGACGGAUACACGAUCAGUUGGAUAAGGAAGUCCAUCCUGCCUUGGACAGAGCGCUCAAUAUGGCUGGAGCCAUGCGAGAAACCAAAGAGGCCCUGGAGAACGUCAGUGUGGGUUUGGAGGUUCUCCAGGAGGGAACAGGGAAGCUCAACUUCAACCUGAGUCUGGUCCGCACCAGUAUCAACCGCACCCUCAACGACCCGGGCUGUCAUGACGAGGAGUCAGACGCCACCACUGCACAGCUGUGCCGCAACAUCCGCCAGUCACUGUCCCAGCUGCAGAUCGGAGCCAACUUCACACGGUUACCCAAAGUGAACGCUCAGCUGCAAAAGGUGAACGAUGUACUGAAAACGGACCUCAGUGCCAUCGUCCAGAGGGGCUACGCCUCUUUAAACAACACGCCACAUAUGGUGGUUGAACAGACCAGAAGUGUUGUGGAGAAUGUGCAGAGUUUGGUGGACGGCAUUGGCAACAACAUCAGCAGCUUUUCCAAGGUGUUCCCUGUGCAGAGCUGCCUGGCCAACUUCACCAUCUUCAUCAGCCACGCUCAUGCUAAGAUUGAGGACUACUACCCUGAGAUUGACAAACUGGACUUCUACAGGUGGAUUGGCUGCAUUGCUCUUUGCUGCAUGGUGGUUCUGGUCCUGGCCUUCAACUACCUGGGCCUGCUGUGUGGCACCCUGGGCUACGACAAGCACGCCUCACCUACGACACGAGGCUGCAUCUCCAACACGGGAGGAACGAUGCUCAUGGCCGGCGUCGGAUUUAGCAUCAUCUUCUCCUGGGUGCUGAUGGGAGUGGUAACAAUCAUCUUCUUGGCUGGAGGAAACAUGGAGAAACUUGUUUGUGAACCCUUUCACACCAAGGAAAUCUUCAAUGUUGUGGACACCCCGUAUUUGGUUAACCCAGAGUGGAAAAACUUCAUCCCUGGCUACAUGUACAACGACUCCGACCUGGAGCUGACAGCAGAGAGCUUGUACAGCACUUGCAAAGAGAACAAAGGCAUCUACUCAGCCAUGCGUCUGGACAAAGUCUUCAACAUCUCCUUGUUCCUGAAUACUACAGUGUUUACUAAGGAUGUGGUGAGUCAGCUGGAGAGUGUUAAGAUCGACCUGAGGGGAAUAAUCCUGUUAGAGGCAGAAGGGAAGCAGAACCUCCUGGACUUCUCUGAAGCAGGACUGUCAGAAAUCAACUAUGCAGACUACCUGGAAGAGGUCAACAAAGGAGUCACUUUGGUGGACCUGCUCUCAUAUGCCAGAGAGUUGGAGGCCCAGACAGACCUCAUGCCCAGAGGCGCUCUGCAGACUGCUCUGAAAGGCCACAUCGGCACUCUGCGGCAGAUCCAUACUCAACAGAUCAUCCCCAUGGAGCAGGCCAUGAAAUAUGUUAGAGCGAGGAGCGCAUUGAACCAGAGUAUGAGGUUCCUGGAGAGAACAGCCACAGACCUGCCCAACAAAGUUUUAGCAGUUCUUGAUGCCAUUGAUGCUGCGCAGUACCUCAUCUCCCAGAAUGCUUCACACUUAAUCAAUCGGGAAACGGGGAAAUACACAGCAACUAUUGUCGGCUACUUCCAUCAAUACAUAGAGUGGGUCAAAACAUCCUUGGCUAUGGAGGUUGCACCAUGCAAGCCCUUCAGCAACAUGGUGGACACGGCAGAUAUCAUUGCUUGCAGUUUCUUGGUCGACUCCAUGAACACAUUCUGGAUGGGCCUGGGCUGCAGCACUCUCUUUCUGCUCCCAAGCAUCAUCCUCGCAGUGAAACUAGCCAAGUACUACCGCAGGAUGGACACAGAGGAUGUUUACGAUGACAUUGAGACAAUUCCCAUGAAAACUAUGGAAAUUGGUAAUAAUGGUUAUCAUAGUGAGAGCUCACAAGGUAUCCCAAAUCCUAUGAUGACAAGCAUCCCUACCUAUGACACUAUGAACAGGUUCCCGCGGGCCUCGGCUCCUCCGAGGCACAUCGACUGGUGACAGAGAGCCAGCUCGUGUUCUGGCUCCUGAAAGUGCCCUUGAAGACUGGAAUUAAAAUACACCAUAGUAACUGUUGGUUUAUCGACCCCUCGGACAAGAAGAAGCUCAAUAAAAGCUGGUUUCCUUACAACAGAAGAAGAACACACAAAGCCCUCUGGGAUUUUAUUUUUCUUCAGCGAUCAACUCAACCAGGCAGAUCACAGCCUCCGGUACAGUUACCUGCACCCUCUCCGAAAAACUCUGCCUACAGGACAUCAAACUCUUCUCCCUCAGCAUCAAUCUGAGCCACGCUUGUACUGCUUUUUUUUUUUUUUCAAAGGACUGCUGUGUCUGCGUUUACAUUUGUUCAGACACAAAACCACGCUGAAAAAUACAUUCAGCAAGAGGACAUGACAAUAACUGCGAUGCCUGUUCAUAUAAAUGUUUGUGCUGAAGAAGACAGUGGCUGAAAGGUCACCCGAAGGUCAUGGCAAGCUGCUACAGGAAACUUUUAGUCCUGCACUUAGAUUGGAUGUAUCACAUUCAACACAAGCUAAUGCUAAAGGUGGAACAGUCUGUCAAGACAUCUACAAGGAAAGGUGCAAAUUAAGAUGAAAUUCAAUGUGUUAAAAAGCACCGCUUUGUUGAGAAAGAAGCAUCCUUUUUAACUGCAGCAUGUGUGAGUUGGUGGGUGUGUGUGUUCCUUAAUGACUGAGAACUGGAUGAUUUAAACAAAGUGGUAAAAAUACAGAAACAGGUUGGUCCCAGGUGGAUUCUUAUAAUUAAUAUUAAGAAAUUUAGCAUGACUUAAAAAAAAUGUUUACAGUAUCACAAAACAGAGUUUUGAGUUCCUUGCUGGUUUUUGGGCAAAUUGCAAAUGACUGGUUGCCUUUCAGAAGUAUGUUUUUUUUGACAGAUAUGCUUCUUUUAAAAGGGGAAAUCCACCCACAGCUCUUACACUGCUAAAAAUAACCAACAUGUCAUGUUAUUUUGUGGUAUGGUGUUCAAAAUAUACAUUUUACUUUUUUAGCAUAUGCAUUUUCCCUUAACUUGUGUCAUCUACUCUUCAUUUCCUACAUUUCCCAAAAUCUAUUUAAACAUCCCUCAAUUUAUAAUCACAGCCUAACAUGGCUUGUUGCUGCUUUCUGGUCUACUUAAACUUAUGUCAGUAUGUUUGUUAC